AUGUCGACCGUGACGGCAAAGCUCUACUACUUUGUGCCUCCGAAGGACGGCGCCCGGCCGUUCCUGUACAUCAGCACCGACCCCGUGACGGGCGAGCGGAUCCAGAAUUUCGGCCUUGCGCCUUAUGAAAUGGAGGUGGAGAACGUACGUGGAAGGGAGCAGGAAUUCACGCUGGACAACAAUGGCUUCCAAUGGUAUAAGCGGCCCUCGAAACACACCGACUUCACCGACGACGCCAAGAUUCAGGAAGAGUACUACCCUGAGAGCAUCGAGCUUAUCAAGGAACUCACCGGCGCCAGCCAAGUCGCCCUUUUCGACCACACGAUCCGACGGCGCAGACCCGAUGUGAAAGUGGACACGCCCGACAAACGUCAGCCAGUCCCGCAGGUGCACGUCGACCAGACCCAGGCGUCGUCCAUCGCGCGCGUACACCGGCACCUCCCGCCGUCGGAGGCGCCGCAGCUCGUCCAGCGCCGCUUCCAGAUUAUCAACCUCUGGCGCCCGAUCAAGAACCCGGCGCUGGACUGGCCGCUAGCCUUCUGCGACUACAACAGCGUCGACCCCGCGGAUUUCGUCCCCACCACGCUCAAGUACCCGGACUAUGACGGCGAGACGAUGAGCGUGAAAUACAACCCGAACCACAAGUGGAAGUACUUGCGAGGGAUGACUCCAGACGAGUUCGCGUUGAUUAAAUGCUUCGACUCGAAGGAGGGUGUUGCCAAAUGCACUCCGCAUACUGGCUUUGAGGAUCCAUCCACACCCCCUGAUGCUCCCCUGCGAGAAUCCAUCGAGCUCAGAGCCCUGGUUUUCUAUGAUUAG